UCAUUCGCCGCUUGUCAGCUGUUCGCAUGUGACCAACGAACAGCGGAAUCAAAACAGACAACGACCUUUUGACAAUCAGCUGAUCCAAUUCUGUUUAUGUUGGAGGCUGGUGAGGAAGUUUUCGUUCCGGGGAUUAUUUCCCAUGUAUUGAACACACAAAAUGACACAUGAAAGGCAGUGGAGAAAGAAUUUAUACGAACAGCAUGACUUUGGUGACAACUACACGGACCCCUCCCUCUUCCUAAAGGACUUGCAGAAAAAUAAAAAUGUGAAAAUCUUCACAUUCAAGGAAGCUGUCCGGGGAGCAACUAGAUUAACGAAUCAAAUAUCUUGCAUUUGCGCCUUUCUUAUUGUCUUCUACUACAUGUACACGGAAAACGUGACACCCACUAAGUUCCUUCUGGCCACAAGUCUCACCGUUCUUAUCGGAUACUUUCUCUAUACUGGGCGCAACUUCCGUCUCAAUGUGCUCCUUGAAGACUCAAAGACUUUGCUGACUGUUUUAGUGUUUGGAUAUAUGCUUUCUCCGCUUCUACAUACGCUCACCGAUGCAAUUAGCACUGACACGAUUUUCUCAAUGACAUUCUUUGUGAUGUUUCUGCAUCUAAUCUACUUUGACUACGGAUUGAAAGCCGCUAUCGUCUCAAAAGCAAUUUCCUUGAAUGCUGCAAUAUUUGGUUCAGUUUGUUUAGCAUCCAGAUUGGCUUCGUCAUAUCAUGCUUUUGUGUUAUUGGUCGUGUCUGCAGGAUUUUUUGUCUUGUUUCCGAUAUUUACUAAUAAGUUUUGGAACCCAAUUAUGAUUAUUCCGCUAGUGAGUAUUUGCUCUUUUUGUCUCUAUCAUAUUUCAAUCCCUGUCGUAACAACUUAUGUCGUUAUUUUGAUUUUCGUGAAUCUAGUGUGCCCAUAUAUUUUUGUAGUGAAGCAGAAACACAAAAAUAAUAUUAAUGGGCCCUGGGACGAAGCAAUCGUUAAAGAAACUAACUGUGAUUUAAUAAAUUGAACACUAUUAUAUAGUCAAUAUGUAGGUUUAUGAGAAAUAAUAUAAUCAUAAAGAAAUA